AUGACGCACAUAAACAGAGAGAGUUCCCAGCAGAUCCGCCUCAUGAGGGCGAGCGGAAAGUCAGUGCACGAGAUCCAGAAACAUUUUGCGAGCCGGGGCAUUGAGGUGUCUCUGAGGACGGUCAGGUAUCACUUCAAGGAGAGACAGCCGCGCAGCUCAUGGCCCAGGAAACUGCACGGCGAUAUCCUGACCGCCAUUGAUGAUGUGACAAAGAGCAGCAAGAAGAUGAAGGCCGAAGCGUUACAGCAGAAACUGCAAGCGGAGUUUGGAGUUCAGCUGAGCGUGACGAGCGUCCGCCGCGCCCGCAGGAACCUUGGGUGGAAAUUUGGCAAGAACGUCUUCUACCCGGUGACUAAAGACCUGAACCGAAGAGCGAGGCUGAGUCAAGCGGUUCGGUGGAUCGAGUCCGGAGAGACGUGGCACGAUGUUCUGUUCACAGACGUAACGACGGUAACUCUAGAGCGCAAACCCACUUUAUGCCUCCGAAGAAACGGCCUUCUGGUUGACAGACCAAAGUGCAAAAACCCCGUCAGGUUCCACGCUUGGGGAAUGAUUUCGAGACACGGCGUAGGUCCGAUGGUGGUCUUUGAAGGGACCAUGGACACGGAGUACUUUGAGACGUCCAUCAUCAAACAGAGAGUAGCGCCGUACAUCAGGGAACAUUUUGGACCUCAUCAUCGCUUCUUCCAGGAUAAUGACCCGAGGCAUACCGCCUCCGCACUCUGCAUCGAGUCUGAAGGAAUCAACUGGGUCCGGACUCCGCCAGAGUCCCCGGAUUUGAACCCCCUCAAGUCCGUUUGGCACUCAAUGAAAAACUUUAUCAGAAAGGAAGUGAAGCCUCGAACAAGACUGGAGCUUCUGCGAGCGAUGGAGACCUUUUGGGACACAAGUCUGACCCGUGAGGUCUGUAAUGAAGCUAUUACAGGCCUAUCAAAAGCACUCGGACUGAUUGUGAAGAACAAAGGAGGGCCUUGUGGGAAGUGAUCACGGGUCCAAAGAUGUAAAAAGACUUUCUUUUUUAUUGAUUCAGACUGUGCUUUCAAAAU